AUGUGUCAGGAGAGAUCAGGUGGCUGUUGUAAGGAGCUUGGGCUUAAAUUACAAUCAAUUAAUGUGCCGAUUUAUGGAGUGGGUCAGCAGUUGACUCGAGCCAGAAAUUCAACGACAGUCACGAUACAAUCUAGAAUCACUGGGUUCAAAAGGACAUUGGAUUGCCUGGUGGUCGAGAAAAUCACCCAGGAUUUACCUUCUAUUGAGGUGGAUAGAUCUCGCCUACGGAUUCCGAAGAAUGUUCCGCUUGCGGACCCUCAGUUCGAUAAACCGUCGAGAAUCGAUAUGCUUUUAGGAGCAGAAACAUUUUUUGAGUUAAUGGCAGUCGGCACGAUUAGGUUGGCAAGAAAUCAGCCCAUCUGGCAGAAUACUCUCUUGGGCUGGAUCGUCUCAGGAAGUUGCAGCGGUCUUGGCAAUUCAUCCAAAGGGUCUAUUUGCAACGUAACUACGACGGAUUCGUUAAAUAGGGCUCUUACAAAAUUUUGGCAAAUUGAAAGUUGCGAGAGAAAAGACACGCGAACCCCUGAAGAACGUGCAUGCGAGGACCACUUCAUGAAAACUCACAAGAGGGAUCAAGAUGGAAAAUUCGUCGUUUCGCUUCCAUUCAAGGAGCAUAUAAUGAGACGUUUGGGAACUUCGAGAGAAAUCGCGGUCCAGAGAUUCAAGAAUCUUGAGCGGCGAUUUGGGCGUGACCCACAGCUCAAGAUGGAAUACAGCAAAUUUAUACACGAGUAUUCGGCGUUGGGGCACAUGCGCGAGCUCACCGAUCCAGUUGACAAUGCAUGGCCGCAUUUCUACAUGCCUCAUCAUUGCGUCAUAAAGGCAGCUAGCAGUACAACCAGGUUAAGAGUCGUUUUCGAUGCGUCGUGCAAAUCCUCAACCGGCAUUUCAUUAAACAACACCCUAAUGGUAGGGCCUGUUUUGCAACAAGAAUUGAUCUCCAUACUUCUGCGUUUCCGAACGAAUAAAUACGUGUUGACAUCCGAUAUAGAGAAGAUGUAUCGACAGAUUAAAGUGGAGGCUGAGCAAACAUCUUUACAAAGAAUAAUAUGGAGGAAUGAUCCAUCCGAAAAUAUGAAGACUUAUGAAUUGUUGACAUUGACUUAUGGGACUGCGCCGGCGUCAUUCAUAGCAACAAAGGUCAUUCAACGAUUAGCGGAUCUCGAGGCUCAUAAAUUUCCAAAAGGAGCGGCCGCAGCAUACAAGGAUUUUUAUGUCGACGACUUCAUAUCAGGAGCGGACACAUUGACAGAAGCGAUAGAAAUACGAGAUCAAGUAUCUGCAUUGCUUGAAGCAGGAGGCUUUAAAUUGCGAAAGUGGGCCUCUAACAGCGCUAGGCUGCUCGAAGGGAUGCAAAGCAUGUCGUCACCCAAUCAGUUACUCGAAUUGGAUAAGUGUGGAUCAGCCAAAACUCUGGGCAUUAAUUGGAAUCCUGCCAAGGACAUGCUUCAAUACAGAUUUCAAGAUGAGGCGUCACUCCCAAAGACGCACACCAAAAGAACAGUUCUAUCACAAAUUGCCCAUAUUUUCGAUCCCAUAGGGCUACUUGGGCCAGUGAUCACAAGGUCAAAGAUCUUAAUGCAAGAUAUAUGGAGAAACAAUUUGGAUUGGGAUGAUCCAUUACCUCCGAAAAUCAACGCGGAAUGGACUCACUUUAUUCAAGAUUUAGUGAAGGCCAAGGAAAUCGAGAUACCUCGCAGAGUCAGAAGCAGCUUCACAGAAGGAGACAAUCACGUGGAGAUUCACGGGUUUUCGGACGCCA